AUGAUCUCGAGGUACAGAGUGUUACCCAUUCAAGGGUAUCUUUUGGCUCUGUUGGCAUUCACGCUAGCAGUGUUACAGUCACUAGAUCUCAUGGGAGCAGAGAAGUUCAAGUGUCACCACAAAUGCACCCCGUGGUAUUCCUUGUUUUUGCUCAUUUUCACCAUUUAUGCCAACACCAUCGAAGCAGAUGAUCACCACAGACGCAGAAUGUGCUUGCAAGGAAUGUUUCUUUUUGCCGUUUCGUGGAUAGACGUGUUCAGUACAUGGCACUCGUCAGGAGGCUCCUGGGUGUACUUAGGGAACAGAGUCACCUCCAUCGCCGCCCAUUCUGCUGCCGUGGCCAUUGCCGCCCAAAAGCAUCAGGUCACAGGGUCAGCGUGGUAG